AUGAAACCGCCGACCUUCUUGGGUGGCAUUGAACCACUAAAUGCUAAAUCAUGGUUGCUAGAAAUGGAGAAAUUAUUUGAAGUCUUUCCUUGUUCUGAGGUUCAGAAAGUCCUUUUGGCCACCUAUACUCUAAAAGAUGAAGCCUGCAGAUGGUGGCUAUUAGCUCGAAAUGGUAAUGGGAAUUUGACAUGGGCUCGAUUCAAUGAAAUCUUUUAUGACAAGUACUUCCCUCAAUGUUUUUGGGACCGAAAAAUGUCGGAAUUCCAAGAACUUAAACAAGGCAGAAUAUCUGUAGCUGAGUAUGAGGCUAAGUUUACUGAGUUAGCCAGAUUCACUCCUCACAUGGUGGACACGAACUAUAAGAAGGCCCGCAAAUUUGAAGAUGGGCUGGAUUUAGAUAUACUGGAUCGGGUGGCAGUUCUUAACCUACCCACGUAUGUGAAUGUAUUGGAUAGAGCACUGAUGGCAGAGGCCAUUCUAGCGGUAAAGAAACAAACUACAACUCCACCAACUGAAUGGAAAGGCAAGAGGGUCGAGUUUAAUUUCAAAAAGGGCUGA